CGCUGCCUGCCCUGCCCUGCUCUGCCCUGCCCGGGCCCGGCUGCUCGGCGCCCGCUGCCUGCCAGUCUGCGGCGGAGCGGGGCCAUGGCUGCAGCUCCGGCGGAGGCGGAGACCCGGCAGCAGCUGCUGCGCACCGUCAAGAAGGAGGUGAAGCAGAUCAUGGAGGAGGCAGUGACGAGGAAGUUUGUGCACGAGGACAGCAGCCACAUCAUCUCCUUCUGCGCGGCCGUGGAGGCCUGCGUGCUGUACGGGCUGAAGAGGCGAGCGGCGGGCUUCCUGCGCAGCAACAAGAUAGCCGCCCUCUUCAUGAAGGUGGGCAAGAGCUUCCCGCUGGCCGAAGAGCUUUGCCGGAAGGUACAAGACCUGGAGCAGCUCAUCGAGACCGCGCGAAACCAAGUGCAAGGCCUCCAGGAGAAUGUGCGCAAGGUGCCGAAGCUGCCGAACCUGUCCCCGCAGGCCAUCAAGCACCUCUGGAUUCGCACGGCCCUUUUCGAGAAGGUCCUGGACAAGAUUGUGCAUCACCUGGUUGAGAACAGCAGUAAAUAUUAUGAGAAAGAAGCCCUCCUGAUGGACCCUGUAGAUGGACCGAUUCUUGCUUCUCUGCUGGUGGGGCCGUGCGCACUGGAAUACACCAAGAUGAAGACCGCUGAUCACUUCUGGACUGACCCCUCUGCCGAUGAGCUGGUGCAGAGGCACCGGAUUCACAGCUCGCACUGCCGCCAGGACUCCCCCACCAAGCGCCCUGCCCUCUGUAUUCAGAAGAGGCAUUCGAGCGGCAGCAUGGACGACCGGCUUUCAUUGUCAGCCAGGGACUAUGUGGAGUCGCUGCACCAGAACUCCAGGGCCACCCUCCUGUAUGGCAAGAACAACGUCAGGGUGCAGCCGCGAGAUGACAUGGAGGCAAUCCCAGGGUACCUGUCCCUGCACCAAACAGCAGACAUCAUGACACUGAAGUGGACUCCCAACCAGCUCAUGAAUGGCUCCGUGGGAGACCUGGACUACGAGAAAAGCGUGUACUGGGACUAUGCCAUGACCAUUCGCCUGGAAGAGAUCGUCUACCUGCACUGCCACCAGCAGGUAGACAGCGGCGGGACAGUGGUUUUGGUGAGCCAGGACGGGAUUCAGAGGCCUCCGCUCCGGUUCCCCAGAGGAGGACACCUGUUGCAGUUUCUCUCCUGCCUUGAAAAUGGCCUCCUUCCUCACGGGCAGCUGGAUCCCCCUCUCUGGUCACAGAGGGGAAAGGGGAAAGUAUUUCCCAAGCUGAGGAAGCGAAGUCCCCAGGGCUCUUCUGAGUCGGCCUCUGACAAGGAAGAUGACGAAGCCACAGACUAUGUCUUCAGGAUCAUAUACCCUGGCACGCAGUCUGAGUUCAUUGCUGUUAACCAUCGUUCUCACCCUUCCCUUGCUUCACCUGCCACCUCCAUUGCCUUUGGGAGUCAGAGGACCCUGAGGACGCCUGCCACCAGGAAGGUUGUGGUGAUUCCCAAAUGGUCUCUGAGCCUCUGCACUGGACCCCAUCCUCUCCUGGCCCUGCCGGGGGCCAAGCAGUGCCAGUUCCCCCAGGACCUGAUUGACACGCAGGGCAGUGGCCUGCCAUCCAUGUGGCAGCCCAGCACCCGCAAGUCCUCCUGCUCUUCCUGCUCCCAGAGUGGCUCCUCGGAUGGUGGCCCUGCCAAUGGAUGCAACCAUGAGAGGGCCCCGCUGAAGCUCCUGUGUGACAAUAUGAAGUACCAGAUCCUCUCCCGGGCCUUCUAUGGCUGGCUGGCGUACUGCCGACACCUUUCCACAGUGCGCACCCACCUGUCCGCGCUGGUGAACCACAAUAUUGUGUCUCCUGACGUCCCCUGCAGCGCCAGCUCGGGGCUGACAGCUGAGAUCUGGCAGAAGUACCUGCAGGACAGCACGAGCUACGAGGAGCAGGAGCUGCUGCGGCUGGUCUACUACGGUGGGAUCCAGCAUGAGAUCCGGAGAGCUGUGUGGCCUUUCCUUCUGGGCCACUACCAGUUUGGGAUGACGGAGGCAGAGCAGAAGGAGGUGGAUGAGCAGGUCCGGGCCUGCUACGAGCAAACCAUGGCAGAGUGGCUGGGCUGCGAGGCCAUCGUGCGGCAGAGGGAGAAGGAGUCCCACGCUGCGGCUCUGGCCAAGUGCUCGUCUGGGGCCAGCCUGGAUUCCCACAUUCAGAAGAUGAUGCACAGAGAUUCAACCAUCAGCAACGAGUCUUCCCAGAGCUGCAGCUCUGACAGGCAAAACCAUGCCCGGCUGCAGAGCGAUUCCAGCUCCAGCACGCAGGUGUUUGAAUCGGUGGACGAGGUGGAGCAGACAGAAGUGGACGUCCCGCUAGAUGAUGGCAAGCAGGCCAAGAUCCCCAACGGGAUGGUGCCCAACGGGAUGUGCUCGCCCGACUCUGGGCACCCUUCCUCCCAGAACUUCUCCAUCACAUCAGGCUAUUCGGAGCGUAGCUUCAGCACGGAGGACAGCGGGACGGAGACCAGCAAAGCCACAACUUGCCACCUGGUGAAGCCCAGCGAAGCCAGUGUCCCAAAACAGGAGCGCUUGGACAGUGCCCCAGCAGAGGAGCAGCUGCCCGGUGAGGAUCUGCAGGGCCAGGACAGUCUGGAAGGGGAGUUCUCCAUUGACGGCAGCUUGGACUUUCUCCCCAUUGGCGGGAGCCACGAGGCCAUGGCCCUUUCUGUGGUGGAAAGCUGGGCUGACAGUGAAGCCGAAAAGCAGAGCUUAGUGGGAAGCGAGGACAACCUCUCCGAGGAGCCGGAGAUGGAGAGCCUGUACCCGCAGCUGGACUCGCUGGUGGUGGCGGAGCUGGCUCAUAGUGAGGUGUCUCCUGUUUCCUCCUCCGGGGUCACCUAUUCUCCGGAGCUGCUGGACAUGUACACAGUGAACCUGCACCGCAUCGAGAAGGACGUGCAGCGCUGUGACCGCAACUACUGGUACUUCACACCUGCCAACCUCGAGAAGCUGCGCAACAUCAUGUGCAGCUACAUCUGGCAGCACAUUGAGGUCGGAUACGUGCAGGGGAUGUGUGACCUGCUAGCACCGCUCCUAGUUGUUCUGGAUGAUGAGGCGCUCGCUUUCAGCUGCUUCACAGAGCUGAUGAAAAGGAUGAACCAGAACUUCCCUCACGGGGGGGCUAUGGACACCCACUUUGCGAACAUGCGGUCUUUGAUCCAGAUCCUGGACUCGGAGCUCUUCGAGCUGAUGCACCAGAACGGUGAUUACACCCACUUCUACUUCUGCUAUCGAUGGUUCCUCCUGGACUUCAAGCGAGAGCUGGUGUACGAUGAUGUCUUCUCUGUCUGGGAGACCAUCUGGGCAGCGGCGCGUGUCUCCUCUUCGCACUAUGUCCUCUUCAUUGCCCUGGCCCUGGUGGAGAUGUACCGGGACAUCAUCCUGGAGAACAACAUGGACUUCACCGACAUCAUCAAGUUCUUCAACGAAAUGGCUGAGCGGCACAACACCAAGAUGAUCCUGAAGCUCGCCCGGGACCUCGUGUACAAGGUCCAGACGCUGAUCGAGAACAAAUGAAGGCCGGGAGGGGAAGGCGGCACAUUCAGCAAGGGGUCGGGGGCUCCCGUCCAAUGCUUCCUUUGCCCUCUCCUUUUUCUUAAAGUGCCACAUCUGUGAAAACAAAUUGCCGUAGUCUGAUACAUGCUGCUCCUGAGAGUGGAAGCACCCUUCUCCCAGCACGUGGUGCUGGUGAGCUUCAACACUAGGCCCAGGGGCUCCUCACUCUAGUUCUUCAGCUCCGCAUUCGUCUUCAGUGAUUAACCAAAGAUCUGAACAUCUGCAUCUUACUUUCAUUUAAAUCCGCAUGUCCCUGGAAGAGAAUUGGGGCAGGCCCUGCCUGGUCUUCUGUUAGGAGCGGGAGGGUGGUUCUGGCUCUCACCGUCCCGUGGGAGCGCGUGCUCGGAGAGGCAGGGAGACGGGCAGGCUGUGUCGCUGCCGUUCCUACAGUCUGCCUUGAACUCCGCAGUGUUCACUGUGGGGGAGGCAAACACUUCCCCCAGAGGCAGCUCUGCCUCAUGGCAAAGAAACCAGGCUGCACCCACGCGAGCCUGGGAGAAACAAAGAUGCUCUUAGUUUAGUUUUAUACAAGGAGCCAGGAAGCUCUGCCUGUGGCAGUCUCCAGUCAGGGGAGUUCUUCCUUUCAUCCCUUUCCUUUUGUUCCCCUCCCCUUCCCAUCUUUGCGCAUCCUGCUGGGAUGUGAGCACCCCCAGCUUGGGCUCUGGCUGCGUCCUUGCGUGAGCUGUGCAGGCCCAGCACUGAGCGCGCUCUCAGAGUCUGGUCCCAGUUGUAGCCUCCAAGCACUUGAGAAGCCGGUCACUGGGCACUGUCCAUCAGUCUAGACUUGGUGACCGUGGGCCUCCCACUGGAUUUCAGUGGGCUUUGUAUUGGAUGCAGGUAGGAGGGAUUGGGGCACGGCCCCGGCAGGUUCUGGGACCCUGUGUGCAGGUCCUCGGCCACUUCCCCACAGUGGCACUCUAGCAUGGGGACCCCACGGUCCCUGUGGCACAAAGUGCCUCUGCCAGCACAAGGAGGGUGGAGAGCUGAGGGCAGUGGAGGGUAACCGGCAAGGCUAGCUUGAAUGCAAGGUUGGGUUUAUUUUUCAACUCAGGUAAAAACAAAAAGGAAAAGGAGAGAAGUGGGUGAUUAGCAGCAUGGGAACCAGCCCGGGGGGGGCAGUGGUCGCGACUGAGUCCGUACGUGGCGGGCCACGAACCUGUGCUCCCGGCCACUUGGGGAACACCUGGCGGUGGCUCUAGGAAGGGCGCUUUCUCUCCAGUCGUGCUGCAAAAUCUUUGUUCUCCAGCUGUGAAACACGUGGUCAGUGUGUUCUUGCCUUGGCCUGCCGUGCUGAGGGUGGGCGUUCACCAGGAGGGGAAGGGGUGCGUGGCCAGCCAGCGCGUUGCUGCUGUGCCCCUUCCCUGUGCAAUGCUCUGUGCUGACCGUGUCCAUAUGUCCUUGUGGUGUGUCUCUGGUGUUGCUUGCCCGGCAGCCUGGGCAGAGCGGAGGCGGUCAGUCUGCAGUGUGCGAGCACACCUGCCAGUCUGACACGCCGGGUGCAGAGGCUGUAACUACCCAACAGGAGAGGUCUGGGCCUGCUGAAGCGUUUUUCCGGAGCAGAAUACAGCGGGUGAUAGGCACAGAGGAAGUCUCCUGGCUUCCUUCUGCUGCGAGCCCUGUGUACUUUAUUUGCUCCAGUUAGGAAACCCGUUGGAAGCAAUUUCCUGUUAGAUCUCCAAAAAGCACUUAAUUUGCCAGGGGAAAACAAGCCUGGCCUGCAGUAGCAUAUGAAACUGGUGACUAGGAAUCAAAAGAAUUUGAGCUUUAAACCUUCAGGUUCACCUGGGAAUCUCUCGAGCUUCGGUCAAGCAGCGAGCAGACCCCAGGCCUAUGCUGACGACCUACUCCUGGGCAUAGGCCACAUAGCUCUUCGGAGGGUAGAUGGGGGAACAAGCACAUUGAAUGGCCUUGUUCGAAAGGGAAGGGCUGUGAACAACGCCCUGUUUUAUAGCCAAGCGAAGGAACAGUGACCUUUAGCUUGGCAUCAAUACUGCAUCUGACCAAGCAACAACUCUGACACUUUAGCUUUCAUGCUUUUAUUUUAUUUUGGACAGAUAGCUGAGAAAUCCUGCACAAUAUCUGCUAUCUGUAUUCUCUGCGAGUGUCUUUGGGCCCUUCAAUAGCAGUGUUUUUGAAUAACUUCUGAGAAAAGGUAUUUAUUUAUUGACUGUACAUUACUGUGUGUCCUUGUAUACUGAAUUCAGUGAGUGUGAAUUGUUAUGCAAAUGGAGAUAUAUCUUUUCAAUGUUGCAAACAUAUCUUGUAAAUGUUUACCAGAAGAUAGUGUCUAUAUAUAUAUAAAUAUAUAUACGCACACACACACAAUAUAUAGAGAGAAAAAUAUGUGAAUCAAGUGGGGUAUUUUUUUGAGGGGAAAAAAAGAAACCUUAUGCUUCUAAGGACUGUGUGGUUCUCUAUAGCACCUACUCAAUGAUGUGCCAAUCUGUCUCUUUUCCUUGUACUGUGAAAAUUGUUCAUUUGCAGCCAUGAGAAGCUCAGUGCAGGUAAAGACUAUUGGCAACCUCGGCUUUGCUGCUUUCAACUCUGAUUUUUUUAAAACCCAUGGAAGGGAAAGGAAGAAGCAAUGGGCUGUAGCCAUGAUCUGCCACGGCUAUGAUUCCACGUUCACUCCUGAUAGCUAGAGUCCUGGUCAGCCUGGUGGAGCAAUCAGUGUAGCAUCAGGACUUUCUUGUAGCAGAUUUGAUCCCCCGAGGAAUUGAAGUGGAGAUUUAACUGGAAAAAGCUGUCUCCAGAUUGCUGUGCCAGAAAGCUCAGCUGAUCAGAGGUGGAUCCAGGGAGGAAAUGAGUGUGAAAUGCAUCUGUGAGGAAAGCCCAGGGGAUGAAUGUGAGUCUCUGAUUACCACGACUUCACUGAGUGCUGCACGCCAACUGCAGCACGGGGGUGAGCUGGUGCCUCCUGGUACAGGUGAGGUAGAACGAAUCCUGUUGUUGCACACUCAGCGGCAUCUGCACGUGUGUAUCUGGAAGCACGAUGUGUUCCCCGGGACGUCUUGCACUGGUGGCUGAGCUCAUCGUCUGCAUUUCUUGCUGGGGCGCCUUGUUGGGCCUCUGAGCUCCGUGGGCUGCAGCCGGCAGGUCGUGCAUAUUUGAUUGUUGUGACAGGCGGCAGUUGUGGCAUUUUUUGGUCCCAGCUCAGCUCCCCAGGCAUGGUCCCAGGCACAGUGGUUCUCCUUGGGUAACUUUGAGCGGAGGAUUGAGUGCAGUAGUCACCGUGCUUCUGUGCAGAGAGCGGGCCAGUUAGUUUAGUGAGUGAAAGCAGCUGCAGAGGCUCGUGAUGCCAACACGUAUGGGGUAGGAAGGGCUGCUAAGCAGUGCUGCCAACUCUUAUGAUUUUUGUCGUUCUUAAAGUCUGCACUUCAGGAAUGUGAAAAACUUCGCUUUCUUUUAUCUCUAUUUAUAUAGAUAGAUGAAAGAAAGAGCUAAGUUUUUCACAUUCCCGAAACGUAGACUUUAAGAACAAUGCCAAAAACGAUGAGAGUUGGCAGCACAGGCUAAGGCUCUGCCUGGAUUUUAGAGCAGCGCAGAGGAGCAGGUGCAGAUCCUGCUAGUUUCCCUGUCACAUCUCUACCUUCUCCUCGGCCCUUUCUCCCUGCUUGUACAUCUCUGACCUCCUGGCCCUCAAUUUCAGAAGCCACUCUAGGGGUAUUCAGAGAGGCGAAUGGAGCUAUACCAUUGAUAUACAGUUGUUCACACCUCUUGGUGCAACUGUGCCGGCAGGUGGGCUGGCACCGAGCUAGAACCCUUGGCCAGGGACCGUGGUAGACACGAGGAUCAUGAUAUGAGAAAAGGAGUUGCGGUUUCUUUCUCGCAAUACCGCGUGGCUGAAACUUAUCCUGCAUCAAGCCAGGAUGAGCCCCAUGGGGUCUCGUGUUAACUCUUGUGUUGACUUGUGUGCAGAGAGGCAGACAGGUUUUGCCUGGCGCCCCUGCAGCUGGAGCAGCUCAGCACGCAGCUCAGCACGCUCCACUUGGCUUUCAAACCAAAUCCCAGCCUCUUCCUUUCCUUCGGGGGUUGCUAAUGGCUUCUGCCUGUACUUGAGCUUUCUGUGGAUGCCACCCACCAAACAACUCUUGACACCCAUCUUUUUCCGGCGUUACUAAUGUGAGCAUUUUGGAAGUGGUCUUUGUUCCUGACUGUGUCUUUUAUAGGAGACAGCUUUUCCUUUGAACUGUGUUGAGUCUCUGGAUCGCCUUUCUAUAAACCUUGCUCAUAUAGAUUGAGAUUUUUCUUCAUCAGACCAAGAUUGCAUUGGAAACCUGUGCAUGCCAUACUGUUACUAUGAUUUUUUAAACUGCCUUUUAGUACCUAAACGUUAGCGGUUAUUGCAGCACAGGUGUUAGCUAUCAUUUUCUACCAGUAAUUUAAAACCACGCCAGGGGAAGUGAUUGCUCCUGAUGUUGUAGUGUAGACAGCAUCAUUUCAGCUCGCUUCUGGUGAAACCUACCCAAGGCAGAGGGCCAAGGUAGCCUGCUUAAGUCCGACAUCAGAGGUGCCUGGCCUUUUCACUGGGUCUCUGGCCAGGAGUGAAGUUCAUUCAUGCUGUACCUUGACUUUUUUAUGACUUUUUUUUAAAAACUGUAUUGUCCUUCUUGUGGACUUGGUUUUCACUCCUUGCCCUCUCCGCUGGCACAGUGAGCCGUCCAGGAUCCGUGGUUCAAAUCCCAAUACCCUUGUCACAGCCAUGACGUAAAACUUUUUUCUUAUGUACACAAGCACACAGAGCAAGUGGCCUGACUGUGUGCACAGCGGUUGCUGCUUUGCAGUCCUGUACUGAAGCUUUCCUGUUCAGGCAGCCAUAGUCUCUGAGCCAGGUAAACUGGUGAGAUGAUGGGAAGAAAAACUUCUGCAUUUGACAGACGUACAGGAGAAGGGAAUUUUUGGUAAUCCCUGUGGCUUAGAUAUUGAAAGAGCACAACUGAUUUUUUAUGAAGUGCCAGUUUUCCCACAACAUGGACGUUUCAGAACUAUUGUUAGAAAUAAGAAAUAAACCCCCCGAAGUGGGGACUUCAGUUGUUUGCACGUAGCACAAUCAAACCUCUCUCAAAUCCCCUCUGUUGCAUUCUUCUGACUCUUGCCUUGUCUGUGUCUCUAGUUAGGGCACCCACAUACCUUUGAAUCUACACCCCGUCACUCCAUGCGAUGAACGUCAAUUCAUCAUUGAGACAUCUGAGUCUUUGCGGCCCCAGAUUAGAUGCAUUAUAUUAAUUUUUUUCAUGCUGUUACCUCAGGGCAGGGCCUUCACUAUGCAGCUCUGCAGUACAGCCCAUUUGGUUUCCUUUUAAGCUUAGCCCUAGCUCUGAACGAGCUAGUUUGUGCAGUUGUCGCACCAUCCUUUUGAGGCACGUUGCCCUACGUCGACGGUAAGUCCUCUCGGACCAAAUUCCAGUCUAACAGGUUUUGUCCAAGAAGUUUCUUUUUUAUUAUUAUUACUACUGUCACUUUCAUAAAUUAGCCCCGAACAGGAGACCCAAAGGGACGGCUGGCACGAGCAGCUAGCGCUGCUUCUACUGGCUAGAGGAAAUGAGCUGUCAACUCUGCGCUCUUUUUUUAAAUGUUGGUUCAGGCUUUUGGGGCCUGACUCCUCUUCUGGGGCUGCUCCAAAGCUCCAGCCAGCACCAAGUAGCUGGUCAGCGCAGAGGCAUUUGCAGCUGCUCCACAUGGCCAGAAUGGCACAGAGUAGCCAGCCGGCACCUCGCCUUCCCUUUGCACGUGCCCGUGUGCAUGCACUCGCGUGUGUGCUCAGGUUCCUGGUAUCCCCCACCCUUCCUGUCCUCCCCGUUGAGUCGAUGUGGUGUAAGAGGUGGUUGCUUCUUGGACGAGAAGUAUUUAGGAUAGUCACUUUGGAAGAGGAGGGGUGUUGCUUUCGGGAGGGGCUGAGGGGCAAUGCAGCUGAAAGUUCCUCCCCCAGCAGAGGCUGGGAACUGAAAUUCUGUUCAGAAAGAUGCUGCAACUGCCCGCUUUUCAAAUGCCUCUCGUUGUGGCCACGUGCGAGGGAGCCCUCUUGCCCCUAGGCACAGACCAAAGCCUCCCAUGCCAUCAGGAGGCACAGAAGAGGACCUUGGCGAACAGAGACCGUGGCUCUGCGAAAGGCAAGCUGCAAACUCAGUCCCGUUAGGAACCAUAUGAGAAGGCGAGAGGUACUUGCUUUGAAAAAUGCGGCUUUACGUGGAAGUCUCUGGAGUAGACGGUAUUCUUCAGCCUUUGCUCAUAGAAAAAUUUCCAGCAAUAGCCUGAAAUGACCAUGUCUUACUUUUUCUUUAAAAAACAAAAAAAUAGAUUGAAAGCCCUUAAAUCUAGUCUAUGCACAAGAUUUCAACCAGCUCUAAGACUGUGGGGAGUUUGAAGAGCCUGCGUUGUUGCAUUCCUACAAUAAAAGGAGCAAAAUAAAUAAAAAGGUCUGACACGAGAUAUUAUAUUUCUUAUGGUUCUAUUUUUUUAAAAUAAAUAAUUUUUACUUCUAAAUUAACAGAUCUACUUGUAAAUUCUGUUCUCAGAGAGAAAAUCCCGAGAGCUUGGGACGGAGAAAGCUGUAUUUACAUAAAAGAGGUCUGACCCCUCUCUGGUGCACAAAAUAAGACUCGUCCUUAAUGCUGGACCUGCAGUUGGCACCUCUUGUCAUUCGAAACCGCAUAUAUCGCCCUAUGUUAGCUUUCGUUCAGUCGAGGGGGAAACUUUGGACCAUAGCCCUGUUACAAGGAUCAAGGAAAUUACUUGCAUCUUGGCACAAGGCUCUGUGGGAUAGGGGAGAAGGGCAGAGUGAUGAAUGUAUUUUAUGGACGGGUGUUAGACCUUUUGUUGCCCUACAAUGAAUUGCUGCUUUUAUACAUAGGAUGCCAUUUUGGUCUCUGGGAAUCGUCUAUAUGAGAUUGAACUCGUGUUGUUGCUUUUAUUACAACAUUUGUAGAAGUGCUGCUAAAUGUCCUUCUUAUCCUACUGGAAGUCCACACAAUGGUAUGAUAUCUGUUUGAUAUUACUUUAUUCAUGCUUUGGUUUGGUUUUUUUUUUUUAAUGUAAAUUGUUCCUUACUGUUGUUCAGAAAGAAAUACUAAAACUAUAUUCUCUAUGGUUAUAUGUAUUUUCAAAUCAAUAAAAUCCUGGUUGUUCUUUA